UUAUACAACUACUUAGAUUACACUGUAUUUUUCUGUAAUAAGUUUGCUAAUUAAUUUAUUUAAUAGUAAUAUGACUAUUUUCAUGCACACAAAAUGUUCACGUUUUCCCUUGUGGACUUUUGUGAGUAAACAAGGGGCCUUGAGAUUAGGUUCUCCUGCAGGUCAGUCCGACAAUGAGUAAAACUAGAGAUCAAAAUCAAUUGCUCGCUUUCGAGUAGAAAUGUGUGCCCAAAACAAAGAUGGCCGACGAGUGUUUCCGCUGCCUUCCAAAGUUGCGUUCUACAGUGGACGCCGUCGCUAUGGAGACAUCCCACCUACUGUUCUGUGCUGUUUCGGGAUUGAGAGCCUGAAGAGAGUGAAGGUUCUGCUUCCUCAUGGCUGACGGGUUGAUUCUCAGGGCUAUCCGGGGCAAAGCCAAAAGUUUAAAUCUAAACGGGAGGAGGCUGCAGCGGGUCCCUGUUGCGGUGGGCUGCCUCCUCAACCUGACCGAACUGCAGCUAAAGAACAACUCCCUCUGCCGGCUCCCCUUGGAACUGAGCGCCCUCUGCAGUCUGAGAGUGUUACAUUUGGGAAACAAUCACUUUGAGAAAGUCCCAGAAGAAAUAAAGUAUCUCAAAUCUUUAGAAAGGCUUCACCUGUUUGGAAAUAGGAUCACAGAGGUACCGGCAGCAGUGUUUGAUGGCUUGGGAAAUCUGUUAUUUUUAAAUCUGAACAACAAUUUGCUAGAACACCUUCCUAGAGAGAUAUACAAACUAGAGCGUUUGGAGAUGUUAAGUAUAAACCAUAACCAUCUGAAGGGCGUUCCAAAGGAACUGUGUCUCCUGCAAAACAUCAAGGAACUUCACUUGGCGGACAAUCAGCUGGACUCUUUACCAGAUGAGAUGGGUUAUUUAACUAAUCUGAAGGAGUUACGUCUAUCAAGAAACCAGCUAACCGGCCUUCCAGAGGGUAUUUGCAAACUGAUAAAGCUCAAAAUUCUUGAUGUGGCAGGAAAUUAUAUUCGGUCUUUUCCAUCUGCAAUGCACAAGGUUCCUCUGACAGAACUGUACUGCGAGGAAAAUCCGCUGCUAGAGAAACUGCCAGUGUUUGCAAGCCAACAAGAAGAAAUACUGACUCUGAAGGAAAUUACUGCCAGGCUGAUAUUAAACCAUCUGCUCAGCAGAUACUCCUUCUUUAGAGAACAAGUUCGACAACAUCCAGAAGCAAGAUCGGUGCUCUCAAGUAGAAACAUCUGUGCUCUCUGUGGAAGGUGGUUUCUAGACAUGUGGCUGGAAUGUGUAACAUUUGUGGAUGUGAAAAAAAAAAUGAAGACUUCAAGCAAUGUUCAGCUUUUGCCAAUCAGAGUGUUACUGUGCUCUCACAGAUGUUUCAACCAAAGAGAAAAUGGCAUCUUUGGAGUUGCAGUACAAUAAGUUACGAUAGAAAUACAAGGCUGGCAUACAAUGCAUGAGUGUAUGUAUGAAUGGUAAAUGGGACUGUACUUGCCAGUGUAAUCCAAGUGUGUGUUAGCAUUUAUUGUUGUCAUCUCGUAGCCUUAAUUAAAAUGCUCUUUUUCAUUAUCAGUAAUGAUCUUACAUAUGCAUUUAAUUUUCUAAUAUAUUGGGACUCCUCCAGUUACAUGGGAGUAGAAGAAACAAUAAGUUACCUGAAAGCAGUUCUAAUGUGUAGC